CCGGAAGUUGGGCGGUGCUGCUGUUGAGCUGUCGAGUCACCUCUGCCAGAUUGGAGGAAAACAAACUGCCUGGUAUAAUGCAAAAUAACGGGAGAUCCUGCAUAUCAAAUCAAAACCAGGGCGUGUAGAAACCUUGUUUAUAAAACCGGUCUAACUUUAUCAGCAGUCCUUCGCGAAAAUGAUGGAAGAAAUUGACCGGUUCCAAGUGCCUCCUGUCAACGGAGAGACGCAGCCUCUGGACCCUGCAGCAUCUUCCACCUCCGAGGCCGACUCUGAUACCAGGGAGGGAGAGACGGUGGCCAUGAACUACAAGCCUUCGCCCCUGCAAGUUCAAAUAGAGAAACAGAGGGAUCUGGCCAGGAAGGGAUCUGUGAAGAAUGGCACGGUGGGAAGUCCUGUGAACCAGCAGCCCAAGAAGAACGCCAGGACAAGACUGGUGGUUCCAAACAAAGGCUACUCGUCCUUAGACCAGAGUCCAGACGAGAAGCCCCUGGUGGCCCUGGACACUGACAGUGACGACGACUUUGACAUGUCCAGAUACUCGUCAUCGGGAUACUCCUCAGCCGAGGUGAGAUGUCUGAGGGACCAGCAGAUCAACCAGGACCUGAACAUCCAGCUGCUGAAGGACGGCUACCGGCUGGACGAGAUCCCCGACGACGAGGACCUGGACCUCAUCCCUCCCAAGGCCGUGAACCCCACCUGCUACUGCUGCCAGUCGGCCCCGUCCACGGCCUGUCAGAUCCAGUAGCAAGCGCCACCCCCCCAGAACCCCCACCCUAUACCCUACCCCCUACACCCUACACCCACCGCCCCCCCCCCACCCAACCACCACCCACCACACACCCACCAUGCUGAAGUCAGUUAACCACCCGGGUGGCGCCAAUGGCCGGGUACUUUGGAGAAGAGGAAGAGCUGGCCUUUGGUGAGAUAGUUAGUGAAGCUUCAAAAGAAAAAGAAUAUAGUCUCAAGAAAAAGGGGUUGAAUUGUAUAUUAGCUCUGAGCUUUCCGAACGCACGCUCCUCCUAUGGUAGGAUCUGUGCGUCUUGCUCUCCCGGGGUGUGUAUUCAGAGAGGACUUUGAAACUGAAAAAUUAUCCUCUUUUGUUUUUGUUUUCCUUCUCUUCGUUUUCCUCCUUUAAUGAACUUUGGAAGGGCAAAGGGGCCAGACAUUGUUGAAAAUAGAAUGAGAAGAUGUGGAAUCAGCCAGACCACUGUGGCAGUGCACCAGACAUUCACUCGGCGCCUAGUGAUGACACGCGUCACGUGUGGUUUUAAAUUGUCUCAGAAGGAAAGGCGGCGGCCAUUGGUGUCGUUUUUUUCCCCCUCCUUUCUUGGUUCACCCUUCCCAUCACUUUGUGUUGUCUUCCUGUUUAUGAAUGAUUAUAGGUAAUGCGUGUGUGUGUGUGUGUGUGUGUGUGAGAGAUUGUACAGGAACUGUAAAAACAACAAUGCUAAUGCUUAUAACUACACCUGUUAAUGGAGUCGUUGAAUCGCCAACAGUUGAGUAACGUAGCUAAAAACAGUCUGCUGUUAUAGUGAGGUCAUAACUACUUAAAUAGCUCCAAUUCUGAGUCGAUUUUAACUAAGUAUUUUACCAAGAACAAAAAAAAACAAGGAAGACGCAUAAGACGGUUUUGCAUGUUGCUCGUGGCGUUGUGUACAGCCCAUGCAGAUGUUUAUCAGCCUCUAGCUACAAGAACAGACUUUAGUGCCAAGUACUUAUGAUAUUGGUCGCACUUUCAUACAUCCAUAUAGUAUUACCUUCACUUUGCUGCAAUAUCCAUAGAUUGAAAAGAGAGAACUUGAUGCUAAUUAGAAUUAAUGGCAGAAUACGCAAGUUCACUUAAUUUAUUCACUUGUCUUUUACUUGGAGGGCAAGGCUUUCAUAAUACUCUAAUACCAAAAUGGAGACAAUUUUUCUUUGGGCAGAGUAUUGGCAAUUUCAAAAUAAGCAAGCGGCUUGGCUAUCUGCUGUUUGCCAGAAUCCAUGUGCGCAGAAGAAAAUUAAAUCUAGCCCAUUUUGUUUGCCUCAUAAUGUCACGAGUUAUGCUGGCUGUCCCCCGAACCCAGAUAACAAAAUGGUGUUAUGUUAGAAGAAAAAAUGGGGCAUGCUAUGUGACCCUCGCAGGAAUGAACUCAGACAUGCAGCUGUCAAUGUAACCCGGAUAUCCUUCUGAAUGAAACUGAAGGAAGGAGAGAGAGAGCAAGAGAUUGUUGUAUUGCUGGUGUCCUUACUGAGAUAGCUACCAACACAGGGCACUUCCCUCUUCAUUUAUUACAUCAUAUCAAAAGUUUACUACUUUCCUUUUGUAUUUUUUAGUAUUUUUGUGUUUGUAUGUUUCCACAUUUGCACAUCACCUUUUUGACCAUGUGUUCCGGUCAACGGAUUCAUAAACAAUGUCCAUUAUCUGUCAGUUAUAAUAAUGGAAAAAAAACUGUACACGUAUGUAGCACCCCAAACCCCAAGGUAUGGUCAAUGCUUAGUUUUCCAGUUGAACUCAUGAAUAACCAUGUAUGAAAGGGACAUGGUUCAGUGUUUUAAAAGACUGGAGGGCAUGCUCGAUGGCAAUGUUUACUGUAAACCGUCAGUUGUCCGCUAUGAUUUCCAAUAGAAGCGUUUAAUAUAUAUAUUUUUUUUGUUGACUACACUGAGACUUUGACAUGCUGGUUGUUUUUAUUUUGUUUUAUGUGCCAUCGCAUUUUUGUUUUGUUGCUGAGUACGCACUGUUGUUUGGAAGUCCCUAAGUAUUCGAUUCCUAAUCAGGUGGAUUGAAACAUCCAAUAGCCGGGUUCUGCUCUCAUUCUAGACAUGGGGAAGUCCUGGCUGGUGGGCCACUGUGACUAGAAAAAUCAUAUUCAUGAUGGAGUAAGUUCAUUUCUUUUCAAUUCGCUGCUCUUAAAAUGUGUUGUGUAUUUGUGUAUAUGGGACCAUUGCUGAUUUCUGUAACCUAGAUCAGAGGACGUGCAUUGGAAUAGAGCGUUUCGAUCCUGGUUUGAUGUGGAAUCAAACCAUAUUAUGGACAUUGUUUAUUUUAACCUUAGUUUUCAAACUGCACUCAUUUCAUAUGGCUAUUAAUUGGAAUGUUACACAUGAGUAUUUAGAAUUUUGGAUAUUUGUCCCCCUCACCAAAAUGCACAAGAAUUCUCCCUCAGAUUUGUUCCACAUCUACACUGUUCCUCUUACAAAGUUUACAAUCCUAAUGUUUUGCCUGGAACAUUGUGUAUGCUUUGACCAGGCAAAACAGUAAAGUUGUUUUGCUUGAUUAUCAAUGUGUUCUGCAUUGGGCACAUUUUACCAGUGGCGUUCUCGUUGAUCAUCACCGCUCAGCAAAGUUUGCCCAUAGGCCUGUACCUACAGGACUCAACAUAGCAGUUAUUCAAAAAAUCUGAUGUUCACAUCUAGGUGCUACCUAUGCUUGUAUGAAUUAACCAACUGCAACUAAAUCCCAAUUUAAUUCAAUGGGAAAGACUACCGUACUACGACAGUACAUCGCAAGGCAGCCUUUAGCUUGGGCAAGCACACUACCGUUCAGGAGCGACCAUCUUGUGUUAUUGUAAUCGUCAUGCCAACUCAAAGAUACACUACUUUCAGCCAUUGGUGUGCAAACUGUGGUGUGGUGUUGCUCACUGUUUACUUAAGUAGCUCCUGCCUUAAGUGAUGCAUUGUAACGGAGGGAUAUUUUAUCAGCAGUCGUACAUGUUUUAUUUAUUUUAAGUAUGGGAAACGAUUCAUUUUAACAUAGAGAUGCUUUUAAUUUGCCAGAUGCUUAUUGUUAUGAUUGUAUAGACAAAUGUGAACUGAUUCCAUUUGGUAUUUAACAGUGUUAAUGUUCGGUGUACUGUAACAUAUCGAAAAAUAAAUAUCAAAUAUCUGGA